UGAGAUGACAGUGUGUGCUUGCAUGUGUGCGUAAGAGAGAGAAAGAGUGUGAGAGCAUCCGUGUGUGUCUAUGUGUACCAGUGUGUUGUUAGUCGGCCAAUCAGAGCACCACUCCAGAGCUGCAGCAGGCAAGUGAGGCAGCAACCUGGCGGAUUGGGGAGAUGACUCCACUGAGGUGGAUUGGGAGCAGCAGUAGACAGAUAGGGGAGAAUCUGUUCACAGCUCACUGUUCACAUACCUUAUCAUCUGUUUGGAGAAGAAAGGGGAAACAACACGGAAACCUGCUCAGACCAGACCACUCAUGAAAUCUCCUGAGGAUCCUCUGAGCAAAUGAACAAACAGCUCUUUUCCCCUCUGUCCAACAUGGAAAUUAACCUUGGUUCUAAUCCCUAGUGGACAGACUGAAAUAAACCAUGGACUUUAGGAGAAAUCUCUGGACUGGUCUGAUCUGCACCUAGUAUUGUCUUACUGUCGAGACGCUGUUGUGGCCUCUUGGUACACUGUUUGCCAAGGUACAGUGGAGGACUUAGAGAAGCAUACAUUCUCUACCAUGAGAAUUCCUGCCACCACUGCCUGCCUCUGCCCUUUGCUGAUCUGCCUGUGCUUUGUCCAGAGGAGUUAUGGGACGUCCCAGCCCAGGCCCAACGUCAGAGCACCCAGGAACCAAACCAAACACCUAGAUGGAGAGAAGGACGUGCACCACCGGCCCAAGAGGGGCUGGAUAUGGAACCAGUUCUUUGUUUUAGAGGAACAUAUUGGACCAGAAAUUCAGCAUGUUGGAAAGCUGCACUCCAACUCAGACAAAGGAGAUGGCUCAGUCAGAUACCUGCUGUCUGGAGAGGAGGCUGGUACUAUAUUUGUCAUCGAUGAGGUCACAGGGGACAUCCAUGCCACCAAGAGCCUGGAUCGGGAGAAGAAAGGCCAGUAUGUCUUACAUGCCCAGGCCAUCGAUCGUUACACCAACAGAUCUCUAGAGCCAGAGUCUGAAUUCAUUAUCAAGGUCCAGGAUGUCAAUGACAACGCGCCCAAGUUUCCAGAUGGCCCGUUUGCUGCUACUGUUCCCGAGAUGGCCGACGUUGGCACAUCAGUGUUUCAGGUCACAGCCACAGACGCAGACGACCCCACCUAUGGGAACAGUGCCAAGAUUGUUUAUAGCAUACUGCAGGGACAGCCUUACUUCUCUGUGGAUCCUAAAACCGGGGUCAUCAGGACAGCCCUAUCCAACAUGGACAGAGAGGCCAGGGAGCGCUACCCUGUGGUGGUCCAAGCCAAAGACAUGGCUGGCUCGGUGGGUGGGUUGUCAGGCUCCACCACCAUCAAUGUCACUCUGACAGACGUCAACGACAAUCCUCCCAAAUUCCCCCAGAAAAACUACCAGCUGUACGUUCCAGAGUCUGCUCAGACUGGAAAAGCUGUGGGUAAAAUCAAAGCCACCGAUGAAGAUUUGGGCGUCAAUGCAGAGAUGAGGUACAGCAUAACCAAUGCAGAGGGGAAGGCCAUGUUCUCCAUCACUACAGACACUAACCAGAAGGAAGGCAUCCUAUCACUAAGACAGCAGCCUUUGAACUAUGAGAAGAGGAAAGUCCACACACUUCACAUAGAGGGAGUGAACACUCACCUGGAUUCCCGCUUCUCCCACCUGGGCCCCUUCAAAGACACCACCACUCUCCGGAUCAUCAUUGGAGACGUGGACGAGCCGCCUGUCUUCUCCAUGGACUAUUACAUCAUGGACGUGUAUGAGAACUCCCCUGUGGGAACAGAGGUCGGCACAGUGACGGCUCAGGACCCUGACAGUACCAAAAGCCCUAUAAGGUAUUUUGUAGACCACAGUGAAGAGGAGCAGGUGUAUUUCACCAUUAGUGUGAAUAACGGGGUGAUUAAGACCACCCGGAGUCUGGACAGAGAGGAUGUGGCCUGGCACAACAUCACUGUGAUGGCAUCAGAGGUUGACAAUCCCAGUCACGUCAGCCAUGUUCCUGUGACAAUCCAGGUGUUGGAUGUAAAUGACAAUGCUCCCUACAUAGCAAGAGAUGAUGAAAUCAUUGUGUGUGAAAGCUCCAGGGCAGGACAGGUGAUCCAGACAGUGAGGCCAUCAGACAUGGAUAACUUUGCGAAUGGACGCUUCUCCUUUGCUCUGCCAAGUGAUCUCCCAGUCAAUCCUAACUUCACCUUAAAGGCUAACGAAGACAACACUGCCAGCAUCGUGGCACGGAGGCGUCAGUUCAGCCAGGCGGAGCAGGAUCUCUACCAGCUUCCUGUGGUUGUCAGGGACGGGGGGGAGCCCGUCCUGAGCAGCACCUCCACCCUGACCCUCCGAGUGUGUGUCUGCCAGAGAGGAGGUAGCAGCAGUAGCAGCAGCAACAGAGUGAGGACCUGCCAAGUCCCGGCCUUCCUCUCCACAGCUGGCCUGAGCACCGGGGCCUUUAUCGCAAUUCUGCUUUGCAUCAUCAUCCUGCUGGCCAUCGUGGUGCUAUUUGUCCUCCUGCGGAGCAAAAAGGGCAAGAAGGAGCCGUUGAUCAUCUCUGAGGAGGACAUCCGGGAGAACGUGGUCACAUACGAUGAUGAGGGCGGUGGCGAGGAGGAUACGGAGGCGUUUGACAUUGCAGCGCUGCGGAACCCCGCCGGGGCAGAACAGAGGAGGCUGCGGCGGGAGGUAAGGUCUGGGGAGGAGGGGUGGCUGGUGGCCUGCGGGCCCCAGAGUCCGUCUCUUGUGCUGCUCGACACAGAGGACAUGCACCACGUCAUCAGACAGAGAGUAGUAGACGCUGACAAGGACACCAGCGGACCACCCUAUGACUCCCUCCAGACGUACGCGUAUGAGGGCUGCGGCUCACCCACGGGGUCAGUCAGCUCUCUGGGGCUGGCCCAGGUCCUGCCCCUUGAACUCAGCUACAGUGACCUGGAGGACUGGGAGCCGGAGGGCCACAUGCAGGCCAGACUGUUUGGGACAGAACUCUCUGAGACAGAACAGACCAUAACCCCCUAAUGUAAAACAUCUCUCCUCUUCUAACCAGUUUAAGGUUAACCUAGCGAUACAAAGCUAUUUGAGUUGUACAACUUGAUCCUUUUUUGUGUGGAAUUGACUGUCAUUUAACACUGGUCUCUGUCAAGUGGAGUGGAGGAAACUAUUUAAAUAUUUUUAGAAAAACAAAUUAUGAAGUUGGUAUAAAAAGAAAACGAUUUUCCCAAGUGUAUAUUUUUAUUGAUGAAUAAAGUGCAGUGAUUUC